AUGUUUGCCUUCUGGGCCUAUCUGUUUCAAACUGUGCAGCAUGGAACCGGUGUUGGUGUUCAGACUUUAGAUCAAUGGGAUCACCUGCGCAGACUCGGAUCCGCAACCACAGUCUUCAAUUCAGGAGUACCAUCGCCGUCUUCCUCUCACAUCUCAUUCCCAACCACGGCCCCGGCACUCCACCUGUCCCUCACCCUCCUCCUCGCAUCCCUCACAACCGCCCGCCUCGCCAUCCUCGCCACCCCGGACCCCCUCAUCGAACACAUCGCCAACACAAACCCCCCAGCCUGGCUCAGCCCGCAAGCCUGCCAUCCCCGCUCCAACUUCCCGUCCGCUCCCCCCGUCAACGCGACCGACCUCCGCGAGGACGCAAAGCGCUUCUGCGCCCGCGCCGCCGAGCUCGUGCCCGUGAUGCGUCCCAAACAGGUACUACGUGGAAACGGCCUCGGCGUUUACAGCGAGCAGCAUUUCCAGCUGGAGUUCCUGCAUCCGUGCCCGCACCGCGAUGUAAAGGCGCAAGACCCGGAGGAUCCGAUGGGCGAUGGGAUACUGGUCAAGGGGCAGAGCUGGUGUGUGGAGCUGUUGGCUGGAAAUCGGGACCGGUGUAAGUUGGACCCUUGGGAGGCUCGUAAAAGGGCGCGGACUGACUUGUCACAGGCAAAACUCCGAGGCAAGCGGCUGUGGGCGGAAUGA